AUGGCCAACUUUAGGCCCGCAUUAAUAGUAGUAGAUCUCCAAGAGGACUUCUGUCCUCCAAAUGGUUCUCUUGCAGUGACCAAUGGUCGCGAUAUCGCGCCAUUGGUCAAUAAACUUCUGGCCUCCCCUUUCGUGAUCAGGAUCGCGACUAAGGACUGGCAUCCGCAUGAUCACGUUUCGUUUGCGGCAAAUCAUCAAGGCAAAGUCCCGUUUGAGGACUUGAUCACGAUCGUGAACCCAUACAACAAGGCCGAGACGUAUGAGUCGCGACUAUGGCCGGUUCACUGUGUACAAGGCAGUCCGGGAGCAGAGCUGAUCCCCGAGCUACUUAUCAGUCAGAUUGACAUGGUUCUCGAGAAGGGAACUGAUGCGCGCGUCGAGAUGUACAGCCCAUUCUACGAUCCCUUCAAGUCUCCACGAGUUUACGACAGUGGCCUUGUGCAGAUUCUGAAGGAAAAGCAGGUCACCGAUGUGUAUGUGGUGGGGCUAGCAGCAGACUACUGUGUCAAGAACGCGGCGAUCGAUGCAGCGAAAGAAGGCUUCAAGACGUACUUAAUAGAAGAAUGCACUAGAGCCGUCGAUCCUUCUGCAUGGUCGGAAUGCAAGAAAGAAAUCGAAACAUCCGGGGCUAAAGUUGUUAGCAUGGACGGACCUGAAGUAAGCCGGUUGAUGACGGCGCAGUAA